AAACCACCCCACAAUAUUUAUACUUAGCAGCUCCUCAACUCUCUCGCACUCCCCCAACUCAUCUUCUCCUCUCUUCUCUUCUCCACCGUGGACUUUCUCUCUUCAAAACCCAGAGACCAUUUUGAGGCCUAGCAAUUCUUCCUCAUCACGAAUGGAGGUUCAGACCCAGAGCCUCUCGGGUUUCGACCAUCUCCAGUCGAAGCCAUUCUCCUACUCCCCCAACGGCGUCCUCGAUUCCCGCGACUUUCCCAGCUCCGAAAUGUCUCCCAAAUGCGAGGCCGCGAGUCCCAAGGCGAGUGAGGUGGACGCGCCGGGGGGAGAGCGGUCCAAGAAAGCGGCGGUGAAGCUGCAGAAGGUGUACAGGAGUUACCGGACCCGGCGCAGGUUGGCUGACUCCGCCGUCGUGGCUGAAGAGCUCUGGUGGCAAGCGAUAGACUAUGCGAGACUGAACCACAGUACCAUUUCUUUCUUUAAUUUCUUGAAGCCCGAAUCUGCGGCUUCACGCUGGAAACGUUAUAGCUUGAAUGCUUCUAAGGUGGGCAAGGGAUUGUCUAAAGACGCCAAAGCCCAGAAACUGGCUUUUCAGCACUGGAUUGAAGCUAUUGAUCCAAGGCACAGGUAUGGGCAUAGCUUGCAUGUGUAUUAUGAAGAAUGGUGUAAAGCAGAUGCUGGCCAGCCAUUUUUUUACUGGUUGGAUAUAGGAGAUGGCAAAGAGCUUGAUCUCAAGAAGUGCCCAAGAUCAGAGCUUCGACAGCAAUGCAUUAGAUAUCUUGGACCUCACGAGAGAAUACAUUACGAGUACGUUGUUGCUGAUGGGCAAAUUAUUCACUCACAAACUGGAGAGCUACUUGAUACAAAUGAGGGAUCGAAAGCUAAGUGGAUCUUUGUUAUGAGCACCACUAAGAAACUCUAUGCUGGUGAAAAAAAGAAAGGAGUUUUCCAUCAUUCUAGCUUCUUGGCUGGAGGAGCAACAAUAGCUGCCGGAAGGCUAGCAGCAACGCAUGGAAUUCUGAAGUCCAUUUCUGCAUAUAGUGGACACUAUCGACCAACUGAUGACCGUCUUGAUAGCUUCUUAUCCUUUCUCAAGGAAAAUGGUGUGAACCUUGAUGAAGUUGAGAUACGCAAGGCAAAUGAAGAUUCAGAUAAGUAUGAUGAUGGCAAGUCUAUUAAAAGGGGGACUACAUUUGAAUUUCCAACCAACUCUGAAGCUCCUAGUGAACCUGAGAUACCAGAAGAAGUUGAGAAAACCGAAGUCUUAGAAUCCACUGAAGUGCCCAAGACAGACACCAAAACUAAUUACCAAAGGACUUUAUCUGGCGGUCUUCAGAGUCCAAGAGCUGAAGUGCCUCAGAACAAGAUACUGCAGAGGAUCAACUCCAAGAAGCAAGCCAAAUCAUACCAACUUGGGCAUCAACUCUCCCUCAAGUGGUCAACGGGAGCUGGACCAAGAAUUGGUUGUGUUGCUGAUUAUCCAGUAGAACUGAGAACGCAGGCCUUGGAGUUCGUCAAUCUAUCUCCACGAACACCCCAAACACCAUCCUAUAGGAGGUUUGCUGGUCUUGCAUCACCUACAUCUACAUCUGGUCUCGCACCUACAUCUGGUCCCGCAUCGCCUACAUCCAUUUCCACCUCAGAUAUCAACCAUGGUGAUUUGACCUCUGGUGAUUGAACAUAUCAUCACUAGUUUUAUGCACUUUGCCUAAUGGAUGUUUUAGCGAAUGUAGAAUAAUUAAAUCUCAUCAGUUUACUGUCAACUUUUAGAAUGGUAUUUGCGUUAUGUUAGUUACAUCUUUUCGUCAA